AGUGUCCGCCGGCGCCGCCUCUGGGACGCACCGACCCACACCGCGCCGCAGCGCUGCGUGCAGGUCGCCGCGAACCGCUCCGCGCCGCGCCGCGCGCCACACACACCACACAUCAGCGGCUCCUCCUGUCCCGAGGGAGCGACAGACACCUGCCGACACCUUGCACGUGCACACACACUAGCACCACAGACAUCGACCACUAACCGUGAGCACGAAUGGGGGACAAUGACAACUGCUGCUGACACUUUCGGCGACAAGGAGGUCGCGUGUUAUUCCCCGAACGUCUCGAGUGCCACGUGCUCUGGCUAGAACCUGUGAUCCAGAGGUGUCAUCAGUACAGCCGUUCGCACAUUUCUAAUCACUCGCUUGAUUCGGGUGUGACUUUCACGGAACUGGCUCGAAAUUAGUGCAGGAAAUCCGUGCUAUUCCCGACUACAUCCGUAGCCUGUGAUUCCUUUUUUCUUUCCAUGCCCCAAAGUCGCAAAAUCGGUCUCUGCACUUGUGUUAUGCGCCGGCCGUAGUGACAGCCACGCGAUCAGCUCUUGCGCCCCGCCUGUGAAGAGAGAGGGCACGGUUCUCGCGGCCAGGGAAGGGCGGAUUUCUCUCAUGUCCUGAGUGGCUGCCAUGGGCUUCUCGAGGGCGCCGGGGCGCAGACGCCUGCGUCGCUAGGCCAGCGCGGCCCCUGCCGGGUAGGCCGCCCGGAAUGCGCCGCCGCUGUCGCUCGCACUGCAGGUUGUUGCAGAGUGCCCCGCGCGCGCGGUCGCGCCAGCCUUCUGGCAUGGCAGAGUGACGCUCGGCGACGCGCCCCACCUCGACACUACUUUGUAAAUAGCGUGUAUACGUUCCGCUGGUCACCGCCGUAGCUACCUGUGUCCCCGUCUCCCACUGUACAGAUACCGCAGCGAACCUACACCGUAGCGCUCUUGUUUGCGAUAGUAUUUUGUAAAUGUAAUUUUACUAGUGAAAAUUUUUUAAUACAGGCUACACAUUCUAUUUUUCUAACACGCGGUCUUUUCGUCUACCCUUUUGUAUAUAGUCCCAUUAAAACGUAUUGCAAAUGUACAGAAAAAUAUUGUAGUACUCUCGAUAUAACAAUUAAUUGCAAUACAUAAAUGUUAACCGCAUUCGUAAAUUUAUAACACUAAUUUACAAUAAAAUCAUAAGGUAACUGAAACUCCACAAAUAACGAGUAAUAUAACACAAUUCUAAUUUUUACUAAAAGUAAAGUUACUAAUAAACAGGAACGUUAAAUGUAAGCCUAAAACAGGUACACAUGAUUUUUAAUUUACAUUAUGGUUGCUUUUUGAAUUUUUGUGGUCUCUGAUAAUAAAGAUCGAAGGUCCCUCGGAGUAAAACGGGUAUAAGAAAUUAGCUGAACAGGAAUCCUUGGCGGCUGUCCAGCCCAUGAAGGAAUCCUGAGUUAAGAAUUUCCCUUUUUAUUAAGGAAUUGUGCCCUUGUUUUUUGUAACGGGUGCAAUUUUGAUGUCGUUAGAAUAGUGCAAUAUUUUCCGUCUGCUGAAUUUCGGACAGAAGGCGCAGAAGAUAGUUUAUUUAGCUUUACGUCCCUCGUUUACACUUGGCGUUCUAAAGUGUAGUAACCCUCUUGUUUAAGUAGUCUAAUCAACUAACACCUGUACUGAAACUGAAGAUAAUUCUCUGUUCCACUUCUAUCAAUUUCAAUAAUUAGUUCUCACUUCUUUCUUGAAUACCUUCGCAUGGAAAACUAUUAAUUCCGGUAGAGUAUUCGUUUCAUUCAGCGAAGACUUUAACCACAGAAUAAAAACGGAAAGCGGGGUCAACGGAUCAGUUUUGAUUGAAUAAUAUAACUUCAUUCAGUUUACAAACCUGACUAUAGAUCACAGCUCGUAGGAAAAAUUCCUCAGUUUUAGCUGUCGGACUUAUUUUCACCGAAAAGUUCUUCCUUAUCAUUUCUGCAAACAGAAUAAAUCAGAAAAACUUAAACUGGUUGUUACAUCAUACAAAGUCUUCUCUUGCUCAUUAAUUUGAUUACUUCUGGCUCUUCAUCCUGAUUGUUAAUUUCUUCAUAGCAGUAGAUGUGUAGAUAACAUUUGCGAGUGUAAUAGAGUAAGUUUGCUAACAGCUGAAGGCUUCUAGAUAGAUAACUCAGGUGGAAUUUAUAGCAUUCAAGGUACCAAACACAAUACAAAAAUUAUCAAAAAAUCUAUUGUCAAUUUCGUGAAAGUGCAACCACCUAUGUUAGAAACCCACUUGCUUAGGGAAUAAGAAAAAUAAACGCUGAAUAAACAUUGAUAUCUGGUUAGCUUAAAAAUUUGGUCAUUUGCAAGUUUCGUUCCCAAUAUAAGCAUUCCAUUAAACACUUUUUUACAUAAACUGAAAAUAGUAUGAAAUUUAUCAAUGUAUGCAGGGACCAAAGCACUAUUGUCUUCGAGCCGUCGACAGCCAUUUAAUCUGCACUGAUAUCAAAAAAUUCAUCGCGCUUUGUGGAGUGAAGGAAUUGACGCAAGAGAUUACAAAGUUCCAUCACCAAGUUAUACACUGAAGGCUAUAUCUAGUGGGUGACUGCGCUGUUAGGAGAACUUUGCUAGUUGGUACAUUGAGAGCGCCUGCGGCCUCACACGAGUGGAUAGUGGACUUGUCGCUCGGCAUGGACGAGGCGAGAGCGACCGCCGGGAACUCCUCUUCCCAGGAGGACGAUGACCCGCUGGGCGGCUACUACCUGCUGUGGAACCUCUCCGCGCUGGCCCUCUCCUCUCCGGAGGCGGACAACUCUACCAACACCACCGCCAACAGCACCCUUUUCAUCGUCGACUCCCUGUUCCCCAGCGGGUAUUCCCUGCCGCACAUUAUCCUCGCCUCGAUCGUCGUCACGGUGCUCAUGAUCAUUGUCGUCGUCGGCAACAUGCUGGUCAUUAUUGCCAUCGCGACGGAGAAGGCCCUGAAGAACAUUCAGAACUGGUUCAUCGCGUCGCUGGCCGUCGCGGACUUCUUCCUGGGUCUCAUCAUCAUGCCGUUCUCGCUGGCAAACGAGAUCAUGGGCUACUGGAUCUUCGGCAACUGGUGGUGUGACGUGCACAGCGCCAUGGACGUGCUGCUGUGCACGGCGUCCAUCAUGAACCUGUGCCUCAUCUCGCUGGACCGCUACUGGUCCAUCACGCAGGCUGUCGACUACCUGAAGAAGCGCACGCCGGUCCGCGCUGCCAUCAUGAUCGCCCUAGUCUGGCUGCUGUCUGGCCUCGUCUGCAUCCCUCCUCUGCUCGGCUGGAAGGUCGACCGACCCGUCGAGGAGUUCCCCAAGUGCCAGGUAAAAGCUUCACUUUCUUGAGCUCGUGUUGUAGCCGAAUGAGGUGAGCCUGCAUGCCGGUAAAGUGUUUGUGAGCGGUAUGUGGUAUUCACUUUGAGUCAUACAUUUAGAGACACAAGACUCAUUGCUAUAAUAAGUUACAUUCUGAAAAACUUGAGUAUAAGUACAGAUGUGCUUCACACAGGUGAGUCAAGUAAUUUGCAAUACUUAUUACAAACUUCUCGGAGCGUCACUUUGAGAAUUUCUAUAAUUUUUUCAGA